UGUCGCAAAAUUCAACUCUUGAUAGGAAGAUGACUUGGUUGGAUUUCUUUUGUCACCCUCUCUGGGUUGUUUCCACGGCGCUGCUGGCUGCUGUGGUGCGCUUGCAGCGGAGACCCCGCUGGGAUCCACGGACAUGUGACGUGCGCCUGACAGGGAAGACCGCAAUAGUGACGGGGGCCAAUACAGGGAUUGGAAAGUUCAUUGCUCUGGACUUGGCACGUCGUGGGGCCCGGGUUAUCUUGGCUUGUCGGAGUGAGACACGGGGGACAGCAGCACUUCAUGAAAUCAGGGCAAAAACAGGAAACUUAGAUGUUUAUCUGCAUCUGGUAGACCUUUCCUGUAUGGACUCUGUCCGGGAAUUUGCUGGGAGGAUUCUUAAAGAGGAGAAGGCACUCCACAUCCUUGUCAACAAUGCUGGAGUAUCAGGUUUACCAAAGGAGAUAACCAAAGAUGGGUUUGAGGCAUCUUUUGCUACUAACCACCUGGGACCAUUUCUUCUCACCAACCUGCUACUGGACCUGAUGAAGAGUUCAUCUCCAUCCCGCAUCGUCACCGUCAGCUCGGUCAACCACAAGAAGGGUGAAGUGGACUUUUCUCAUUUUCAUGGCGAUAACCUCGUCUAUUGGAUGGAUCAAGUCUACAACCACACGAAGCUGCACAACAUCAUCUGUACCAACGAACUCGCGCGCAGGAUAAAGGAGACAGGUGUAACUGCAAAUUCUGUCCACCCCGGUGUUGUGAUGACAGAAGUACUGAGACACUAUCCGCGUUGGAUCCGUUGGUCUUUUAACCUCAUUGGGUUUUUCUUUUUCAAGUCUCCAGAAGAGGGUGCAGUGAGCCCAAUCUAUUGUGCUGUCGCAGAGGAGCUAGAGGGUGUAAAUGGGAAGUAUUUCGAUAGCGACUGCUCCCUGGUUCUUCCUGCCCCUUUAGCUCGUGACGCUGCCCUUGCAGUCAAGGACUUUGAAGUCUGUGAGAGACUGACAUCAAAGCUCUGAAGCCAGAAGAGGGGGCAAAGUCCACAUUCAUUCACGCUGCACUAUUGCGUACAUGUAAUUAUGAUACAAUGAAGUUUGUUUUUUUGCAAUUUUUCCCUAAGUAAUCUGCACUGACAUUUUUAUAUCAUUUUUAUAAUAACUUUUAUCUAACAAUGACCACUCAGUGCAUUUCUGUCUUUUUAAGGAACAUUUACUGAAAUAAUAAAGAUGUGUCUGUUUUCCUUGGAUUCAUUGUUAAAUAACUUAAUGGUAAAAAGGAUUUUUUUUUUUUUCAGAGUAAGCAUUAUGUCAGUGUAACUGUCAUUCUGGAAACUGGAAAGUGUUGUGACUUUCCUUGAGGCAUGAGUGAAAUGAGUUUCUCCUGGGAAAGAUGCUGACACCCUGUGGCCAACAAGCUGCAGAUGCUGGAAUGAGUGACACAAUUGCUUCCUUUUAUUGAUUGAUUCAGUAAAACACAAUAAAAUAUUAAAGCAUUCCAUGCUUUUUGACAAAUUUUAUACACCGUUCAUCCCCUCGUACCAUCGGCCUUGUUACUCAGCUGCAGAGAUAGACAGUGAGAGAACAUUAUGAUUAAUAAAGACUUGCAU